UUUUGUUUCAAUUACUUCAACACAACGGAAAUUUAUAUCUUGCAAUAUGGCAAUGUCAACUUCAAAGCUGGAGAUGAGCUUGGACCAGAUCAUUGAUGCUCAAAAGCGUAAGGGCCAAACUGCCGGAAAGAAGCCGAUGGGUGGAAACGGUGGUGCGCGUAAAGUUUUUGCGAAGAAGCGCCAACAAAACAACCGUGUUUCGAAAUUCAAGCGGAAUUCUGGUGGCCUUCGUCGAGUUGCUCGUUUUGGGAACAAAAACAAGACAGCAGCAGGUGCUAUGCAGAAAAGAAUUGUGGCCGUGAAGCGCCAGACUUUUGCUAACGUUAAAAAUGCUAGAAUUCAGAAGAAUAGAAACAUGGUGAAGGUUACUAAAAAUUUGGUCAGGAAGCUUGUCAAGAAAGCAAUUGCUCAGAAUUUUACUACCGUUCCUGUCAGCGUUCGUCCUAGUAAAAGGCAAAUGCGUGUUCGUGCAAAUCGUCUUCGACAAAAGAAUAUUCUCAGUCGUGUUAAUAUUCAAUCUCGAAUAAUUGGUCGUCGCCGUAUAAUUGCGAAUAAUUCUCCAAUUAUGGCAACGCGACGUGUUAAAACUGAUAGAGGGCCAAUUCGUUUUAAUACUCAACUGCCGGCUUUUCAGCAUGUUUUCAUUACCUCCACGCAUCGUUUCUGCUAAACCACAAAAAAUUGUACUUCAACCUCAAACUUCGUCGCUUUUUACUACGCCUCGUCGUCAGCAAAUAAGCUUUAAUAAUCAAA